AUGCACAAAGUACAUAUAAUAUAUUCAAGAAUUUUUCAGAUGACAGUAACAUAUAAUCGUGCAGUGUCAACAGAGUCGAUUCACAAUUUUGUAUCGAUUAUGAGCUAUUGGCAUGGAUCGCUCGUGAAAUCAAUUUGGAAAGAAUACGCUAUUUGGAUUGUUCUAUAUCAUUUGAUACUUUUCAUAUACAGAGUUGUGAUGCCAAUAUUUGGUUGGGCCGAUUAUUGCAAAAAAGUUAUUGAGAAUUGGACGCCUCAUCAGGACAUGACUAUUCCAUUGGAGUUCCUGCUCGGUUUCUUCGUUACCACUGUCAUCGAUCGGUGGAGGAAGGCGUUCCAGAAUAUUCCGUACAUUGAAAUCUGUGCUUUCGCCGUCGCAGCAGCUAUUCCGGGACGCAUAAGAAUUAUCAACAAAAAGCAAAACGAAGUGAGAGCCCCAGGAGGACAAGAUCUCCGAGAUGUUCCCGCCGUUGAAGUAAAUCAUCCGGUGCAAAGAGGCCCAGAAGCUCCCGCAGCAGCUCUUCCGAUGCCCGGAGCUCCAGAGCGUCCUGCUGUAGCUCUUCCGAUGCCCGGAGCUCCAGAGGGUCCUGCAGCAAUACAACAACCCUCAGUGGAUGUCAAGCUCACAGCCCGACGUACAAUCAUCAGAUACCUCGUUCUCUCGCAAAUUUUGCUGUUCCGCGAGAUUUCGACCAAAGUGAAGAAAAGAUUCGUCGAUUUGAAGUGCCUUGUGGAUUCCAAAUUUCUAACCGAUGAGGAGUUGAAAAUUCUAUCAAAAGAGGUGAAGUGUGAUCACUAUGACAGCUACUUCUUGCCGAUCAACUGGGCUUUUUCGAUUCUUCAGGAGCACAAAGUGAAGUCAAACCCUGAAUUUAUAAAUGCAUGGAAUGUGAUCAGAGAUUGGCAAGUGAAGCUGUCACUUUUGCGAAACGGGGACUUCAUUCCGAUUCCACUGGCAUACCCGCAAGCCGUGUUUCUAGCUAUCCGAUUCUACUUCCUGGUCUGUCUGUUCACAAGACAGCACCUCGAUAUGGAUGAUAAAAAAUCGAUUGAUUACUAUUUCCCACUGAUGACGUCAUUGCAAUUCAUCUUCAUUGUGGGAUGGAUGAAAGUCGCCGAAAUCCUGCUGAAUCCGAUGGGUGAAGAUGACGAUGAUUUUGAGUUGAACAACAUUAUCGAUAAGAAUCUCUACAUUGGACUGGCGAUUGUGGAUACAGAGUGUGGAAAACAUCCGGAAAUUGUGAAGGAUACAAUUGGCAAAGACUGCCUUCCAUUCUAUCCACAAAACGAUGAUGAUAAUGAGAGGAAUCGCGCACUUGUCGGCUCGACGAAGAAUAUCAAUUUGUCUGGACGAUCUGACACCCCAGCCGCUUCACCUUCGGUGUUCUAUGUCAAUAUCAAUGUCAAGGUCGAGAACCCUACCCCAGUCAUUGUCGAUGGCGCCCGACCUCCUCCAUCUCCACCAGCUCUUCCGCCAGCGCUUCCAAAUCCAAAUGAACCACCUCCACCUCCACCUCCGGCUGAAGCUCUCCGUGCUGACCAACCUCGUCAUUCUCUGAUUCAUGAAGUGGGCGCCCAAGCUGAUCCGGCCGAGGCUAAUGGUGCCCAAGCUCUCUCACCCGUGCUUCCAAAUCCAAAUGAACGUGCUGACGAACAUGGUCAUUCUCCGGUCAUUGACAAUGAGGCCCAACCUAGUCCACCUCCGGCCGAGGCCAAUCGUGCUCCGAUUCCAAAUCAACAACCCCAGGUCAAUGGUAACGCCGCCCCAGCUUCUCCACGUCAGGCCAAGGUUCCUGACGACCCACAUUAACAACCUGUCUUUCCAAAUCCCUAGAACCGUUCGGCUACAAAAUCUACUCCUGCGUCCAAUCUAUCAACUUCUACUUGCACUUUCAAAAAAUAAACCAUUUUUAUUAAUCACAAGCUGUAGUAAAUAAAGUUUUAUGUUUGUUUAA